GCAGGCAUCACUGCACCGAUGAAGCAUCUUCCCCGCGGCACCCGGUUGGUACCUGGUUUUCCAGGUCCUCAGUUUUUGUCUUUGGAGCCUUCUAUUCGGUAUCGUCGCCGAUUACGCAAGCAUCGGCGAGAUGAAGGCUGGGAAUUUUCGAAUUUGCCAGCAAAACGCAAGUUUUUCGCGUGGAGGAGAAAUCACAGGGACCAGUUGAUGCACCGCUGGAUGUACACUCGACACAAGGAGUGUAGAGGCCGGGAGCGUAAACUGCUGAGAGAGUUGAAGGAACAGAGGCAGCAGAUCUUUGAGCAGAACAAAUCCGAAGAAAAGGAAAGAAUAAGUCAUGCGGCUCGCAACCAAGAGGAGACGAAGCACGAAAUAGGGCGUUCCACCGAACACAAUGAUUUGCGCAACCUCCCAAAUGCAGCACUUGAAAAAAAGGAGCCUACGACAACGUCUAAAGACUGUAUUUCUGCUGUUCGGGCGGCUCUAGAGGCGUGUCCCCCGCCAAAAGUGCUGCAAACAAUGUCGGCUGAGGCGCUUCAGCGUUUGCACGCGGAUUUGCGGGAGUUGCUAGUUGACGCGGUGAUUGCUGUGGCUCCGCCUCAGUCUGUCGCUGCUGCUGCUUCAGUGGGGUACACUCUUCCCCCUGCCACUGCGGCUGUUGCUGCAUCUCCCCUUCCCUGGUGGAAUAGCGGAGGAGGCCUGCAGCCGUGGAGGGGCCUUAAGAUGGCAAGAGCGCAGCAAAGCCGCCGCGUCAACUGGGCUGCCCCCAGACGGCCGGUAGAGCCUAUGGUUGCUGGAGUUCUUCUUCCGCAAGAGGCUUCGAAUGUCGUCGCUGCAGAGCGAAAGGCGCGCGAGAAGGAGUUGCUGGAGGGCAUACGGGCUUAUCUGGCUUGCAGUUGCGACAGCGAUGCAUCCGGCACGGGAGGACAUGCGCCUGCAGAAGCCUCUGCAUUGGCAGCCUUGCCGUGGUUCGUGCGCGCAGAAGAUGAGCGGCUGCAGAAGGUACUGAGGUGGACAGGCCCUCGAGGCGGGGGUGACGAAGUGCCCCACAACAGUGCCCCUCCUGCCGACAGAGGCGAGCAGGAGAACUCCCCGACGCAGGCUGAGGAGGGAGAGCUUGGUCAGCAGCAGAAUCGGAAUGCAACACAAAACUUCUCCGCUGUACGUCGUGCACUGGGCGCUGCCAUCGACGUGGCGCUGCUGCUGUCGGAGGCUGCAGUCACGAAGAAAAGCGGAGCGGCUGCGCCGUAUUCUUGGAAUUCCCCUUUCCUAAAGUCCGCGACUUCUUCUCGCAGGCGGAGGCGACGAGAAAGCAGCCGCCCUCUUCCUGAGGAUAGACUGCCGAGUCGGCAGGCUAGACGACUAGCGAAUCGAGCCAAGCGGCUGAGUGCGUAG